AUUACCUGUUUGCCGUACCUCUACCAUGGACAAACCCAAAUCAGCUCUAAGCAUUGCGGAAGAAACACGGCUCUUCGGGGAAGUGCCUCAGGUGGCGCUCACACUUUCCGGUACAGAAACAACGCACACGCACGUUGCUGAAGAAAAAUCAUCAAAACACAGCAUGGCGCAGAACAACGAUAACAAAAGCUCCGGCAUUAGCAGCACCACCAGCAGUAUCGUGAAUGUGAAUCUGAACGUACCGAAGGUGGACGACACUGCACGGGAUGGGCAGCUUCUGGAUGAAUCUAGUCAAGUACAGCAGCUCGAUUCGAUGACUACCGUUGUAAUCGACAUUGAGUCUACGAACGAAGGAUCCAUCGUGCCAAAUAAUUCCAACAUGAGUUUUGCAGACGUCGUACAGCAGCUUCGAACCACAUUCAACAGUGGCAAAACGAGAGAUGUUGAUUUCAGAUUGAAUCAACUUCAAGCCCUGCUGCGAUGCUACGAAGAAAAUACCGCCGAGAUGGCCAAUGUGCUCGCAUCGGAUCUCCGCAAGCACAAGCAGGAAGCCCAUCUGCUGGAGAUUGAAUUCAUUCUGAACGAUCUGCGCAACACGCUGUUCAAUCUGCGCGAAUGGGUAAAGCCGGAAAAGCCCGAGAAAAGCCUGGUCAACAUGAUGGACGGUGUGUACAUCUACAAAGAUCCGUACGGUGUAGUGCUGGUGAUCGGUGCCUGGAACUACCCGCUACAGCUUACCCUCGUACCGGUGGCGGCGGCCAUCGCUGCGGGUAACUGUGUCGUCAUUAAGCCGAGCGAAGUGGCACCCGCCUCCGCUAAGUUUAUUGCUGAUGUACUGCCAAAAUACUUGUCUCAGGACUGCUACCGGGUGGUGACUGGUGGACCGAAGGAAACGACCGAGCUGCUAAAGGAAAAGUUCGACUACGUGUUCUAUACCGGUUCCGGGCGCGUCGGCAAAAUCAUCCACCAGGCGUGUAGCGAAAACUUGACGCCCUGCACACUGGAACUGGGUGGCAAAAGCCCUUGCUAUCUGGACGGUACGGCUAACAUUGCGAUCGCGGCCCGGCGCAUCUUGUGGGGCAAGUUUAUCAACGCGGGCCAAACGUGUAUUGCGCCCGACUACAUACUGUGCAGCAAGCAGGUUCAGAAGCAAUUCCUCGAGGAGGCACGCAAAGUGCUGAAGGAAUGGUACGGUACCAAUCCGAAGGAUAGUCCCGAUCUAUGCCGCAUUAUCAACCAGAACCAUUUCCAGCGACUAACGUCCCUUCUCAAGGGUGCGAAUGUAGCUAUCGGCGGUGAGACCGAUCUGCAGGAUCGCUACAUCUCACCGACAAUUCUGAUCGACGUUAAGUCAACCGAUCCCGUGAUGCAGGAUGAAAUUUUCGGUCCCAUUUUGCCGAUCCUUAACGUGGAUAAUGCAUACGAUGCAAUCAAAUUCAUCAACUCCAGCGAAAAGCCUCUCUGCUUGUACAUCUUCACCCAGAAUCAGGCGGAUAGACGUAUGAUGAUAGAAAACACCUCCAGCGGAGGCGUUUGUGUAAACGAUACCCUUAUGCAUUGUGCAGUUGAAGCAUUGCCAUUCGGUGGUGUGGGACCAAGUGGUAUGGGCUCGUACCAUGGCAAGUACUCCUUCGACACGUUCGUCCACAAGAAAUCCUGCUUGACGAAAGAUUUCAAUCCAAUUGGUGAAAAAUUGGCUGCGUCUCGGUAUCCACCAUACUCGGAAAGUAAGCUGUCCUUCCUGAGUACCUUGCUGAAGAAGCGUCAGGGAAUCAACUUGCACUUUUUGCCAUAUGUGCUAAUGUUCGGUAUUGGCGUUGCUUCUACGCUGAUCGUGAGCACCCUGCUAAAGGACGAUGAUUGAUGAUGCAGUUCAAAGAUGCAAGCUGACGAGACU